AUGGCACAGAAAGAUACCACCUACUCACGUAUUGAGGGUCGGCACCUCCGAAAGAACGAGCAGACAACAUGUAGACUUCACCAAAAACGGCCACUCGACUUUUACUGCAGAAAAUGUGCAGACCUUUGCUGUAAUGAGUGUUUGUCGACAUGUCACAAGGCUCACUGCGUUUGUGAUCUUGAUGAAAUAAUUCCUGAAAAGAAGCGAGACAUUCAAAACUUCAUUGAAAGAACAAAGAAAACUGAUCUUGUGGUAGUUCAUGACUACAUCACUUCAACCGAGAAACAACUUGUGGACAAUGCAAGUAAUUUUGAAAAACUUGCUUCGGAGUUGGAAACUCAGACAAUCAAAUUGAAAGAAGAGUUAGAUUUUCUCUCCGCCCAGACACUUUCUAUAUAUAGCCAGAUGAAGGAAGAAAACACAAGGCUUUUGCAAACUUAUAAACAGGACCUGGAAAUUUAUGAAGAAAAGACAAAGCAGCAAUUAUUAGAAUGCGAUACUUUGCUUCGAGAGGGAACAAAUCUGGAAAUUUAUUAUUUGGGAUGCAAGAGUCACUACGAUGAACUCCUCCCAUUUAAGCCCACUCUUCAAACUGCCUCUUUCACAGCAAAUGUUAAUUAUCUGGCCUCCUUGAAACAGGCUCUGGGUAACAUAAGCACAGGUCGGAACCAAAGUAACAGUGAGCAAGACGAACGGUCAACAGGCGAGCAGGACAGGUGCACAUGGUCAACAGGUGAGGAGGACAAACGUUCAACAUCACCUUAUUCUUACGCGUUCCGUAUUAGGCGUGAAACGGAUGGAAGCGAUGAAUCCAUCCAACAUAUCAGUGUGGUGAAGGAAUUCAAGUCUCCACGUUUGAUAUCCUCGAUAUGCCAUACUUCUGACGAUCAGAGAUGGGUCAGCUAUUUCAACAGUGGUUCUGUAGCUUUUUUGGACAGAACUGGAAUCGUGAAGGAAGUCCUAAAGCACAAAGUCAACAUUAAAGACAUCAGUGUGUCACCUGUAACAGACGCCCUUUGGACGUGUCAUACUCAGGACAAAAGAAUUAUGGAGCUGGUGUCGGAAAAAUUCGAGAGUAGAUUCGGCACCAAGAAGGAGCCGAUGUGUCUGUGUGUAACGGCAAGUAACCAUGUGAUCGUUGGGAUGGCAAAAAACGUCACUAAAUUUACCACAAAAGGUAAAAUAGUGCUAACCGCACUGGCUGCAAGUACCAAGAAGUCAUUAGUAUGUACACCUCUGAGAAUCUCCGAGUGUCCUGUUACCCAAAACGUCGCAGUAAUCGAUGAGGACUUUAGAGAGCACGGCGGCGAAGGGAAACGAAAUGUCGUUGUCAUGGAUACUGAGUUCCGAGAACUUUUUCGAUACCGUGGAGAGAUACCGACUUCUUGUCAGCACAGUGCCGAGUCAGAAUCACUUCCGUUCAUCUGCUACGGUAUUGUGUUUGACAGGCAAGGAAACCUUAUCAUCGGGGACCACAACAACAAGAGAAUUCUGCUCCUCAAUGGACGCGGUGAAUUUGUCCGGAUCUUGCACAGAGACAAGUACACCACUUGGGCUGUAAGUGUCAGCAGAGAAGAUAUAGUGUUUGGUGUGUUCAACCGUGACCGCGUUAGGCUAUUGAAAUACUAG